AUGGCGCCUUGGGAAGAUUUCGACAGUGUUUUCUCCUUCAACAAGAACUUUGUAUAUGAUGGCAAGGUCAUUGAACAGAUUCUGUCCAACCGCCGGGCUUUGGAGAACCAGCUGUUCGCCGACAGACUCCUAGGACUGCUCGGCGUGAAAGCAGGUAAUAUCGAUCAAACAUUGAUGAUGAUGUACAAGGUUCCUGACCAGCAUAACUAUAUAGUCACGAAAGUAUACCCUCCAAAGUCCAACGCAGACCUCCGAACCCUUUUCGGGCACAUCGUAUCAUCCCCACUGGAUAUCCAUCACAAGCAGGCCUUGAUCUACUACCUCUUGAAGGACUGCCGGGCAGCCAAUGACUAUGCCUCACAAUUUUCGCGGCGAUUCCAUCUACCUGAAAAGUACCGUCUCUUCAUUGAAGGGCUUUGGAACCUGGACAGGUUAGAAUUCAGGCGCGCUAUCGAAUAUUUGACCGAACCCUCCAUCAUUCCAACAUUUCCCGAUGAAAUCCUUUACGUUCUCACCCUCCCACAGCUUCCCAAGCACGAUAACAGCCUCGUAAUGGCAUAUUAUCUCACCGUAAGCCCACCACUGGCAUCCACAAAGGUCCAGAAAGCAUUCUUCAGAACCCUUUGUCGCUCCAGUAUUACGGAGGCCUUUUACUUUACCCGAAACUAUGACGACUCGCUUCGCCAGAAUUACCUUGCGCAGCUUAUUGAAUUCGUGCACUCGACCGAAGCGGGCGAGACCCGGAGCAAGCGCGCUAUGGAAUUGAUUGGUCUUCCCUUCGAUGACCAGGAAGAGGGGUGGUUCGAGGACAGUCUUCUCCGUGGAAAUGCAAAGGGGUUGCAUGGCGCUAAGGACACCGUCAUGAUGCGCCGUCUUGCGACAGGGAAGUUAGAAAACUUGUCUGCCGAUCUCGAGUCCUUGGGCGGCAAGAAGGUCGAUGGACUGAACUGGGACAUUCUCAGACAAGAACGCUGCAAAUUUGAGCACCCCGGCCAAUCAAGUUUAGGCUCAGGGAACCGUUUUGGAGUCCUGUCUGGAGGAGGUGGUGGCGGUGGAGGAGGCUUUGGAGGUCGUUCUGCGCAACAGAACCAGCAGCCAGCAAACUAUGGUGUCACAGCAGAUGAUAUCAAGAUCGACCUAACCGCUGGUAAAGGCCGUCCAGAAUGGGUCUUUUCUUGUUAUGGUCCUGGUAAAAACGCCCCAAAGCAAUUGUUUGGGGGUGUCCAGCGGGAGCAAUCUUUCGAAGAGCUGCGGCUGCGUCACUAUGAAGCUGCUGCUGCAGGGAAUGCGGAGCAGGCAGUCCAAGAGGCUCAGGCUUUGUACGCAGAGGCACUGAAGCAGAUGGAUGUCAUAUUGAGCGACCUUGGCGGUGCCGUGAAAUACAUCGUCGAUGGUAUCAACGAGCAUCCAAAUAGAAUUGAUAUUACAGAAGGCAAGACAGGUCCUGCGUCCAGUCAAGGGCCAUCUCCAUUUGGCCAACCCUCGGCAUUUGGUCAGCCAGCUGCUAGUAGUCAGACAUCAGGUUUUGGUCAACCAUCGGCAAUGGGCCAGAGCUCUGGCUUUGGACAACCAAGUACACUGGGUUCAGGAUCAGCUUUUGGCAAGCCCUCUGGGUUCGGUCAACCAUCGGCCUUAGGCCAACCAUCGGGAUUUGGUCAACCAUCUGCGUUGGGGCAGAGCUCUGGUUUUGGACAACCAAGUGCAUUGGCUUCGGGAUCAGCCUUUGGGAAGCCUUCGGGGCUAGGUGGGGGUCAGCCUGCCUUUGGUAAACCAGCGUUUGGGCAGCCCAGUUUAGGCCAGCCGAACCAGGGCCAGCCUGCGUUCGGUCAAUCAUCAGCGUUUGGGCAACCUUCGUCGCUAGGAGGUUCAUCAUUCGGCGCAUCUACUAACGCGUCUCCUUUUGGUGCGAUAUCAAACCAAAAUCAGAACGCAGGUGUCGGUUUUGGCCAAGCUGCAUCAGCCACGUCUCCGUUCGCACAGGCUGCUAGCCAACAACCUGCAGCAGCUUCUGGAUUUGGACAGCCAUCAACAACCCCAGCAACAUCGGGCGGCUUCAGUCAGCCCGCACAAACUCCAUCUCCAUUUGGCCAGCCCCAACCCCAGCCCCAACCCCAGCCAUCAUCCAAUCCAUUUGGACAACCAUCCACCGCACCAAAUCCUUUCGGGGCUCCCAGUCAACCACAGCAACAACAAGCACAGGCUGCUCCAUCGCCCUUUGGCCAACCAGCGGCCGGCUUCGCACAGCCCGCCCAACAACAACCACCAGCUCCUACCGCUACAGCAUGCACUGGCCCUCCUGGCAUUAUCAAGGUUGAGGAUCCGAAUCAGCUCAGUCCCAUUCCACCCUUGUCUGGCCAGACGAUCCGAGACCCUAUGACCAAGAGACUGUCCACAUGGAAAGGACAGCCCGUCAAGUAUAUUGACAACAACCCGUGUUAUCUGCAUCCUCAAGACCGCCAAACAUACGUUCGCAUCUUCUUCCCGGAUGGGCCUCCCGACCAGGCGAGCUUGAGAGAUGCAACAGGAAAACCGGAAGAGUAUACCCCUGAGGUCACGGAACAGUAUGAGUUCUUUGUUAAAAACGGAUACUUCAAGGACGGCGUCAUCCCAAGCGUGCCACCGAAGACAGAAUGGGUGAGCUUCGACUUUUAG